AGAAGGGCCGGGGCUAGCAAAUCUCACUACCUUUCGUUGCGGGAAAUACGCGGGGAGUGCAAGGGUAGUGUAGGCUUGGCAGCGAGCUAUCAGUCUAUCAGAGAUGCUUAGGCACGGCAAUUCUAUUAAACAAGGGAUCAAGUGGAAAGGUGAAUCCUAGUGUACGUCCCUCGGCCAGGUUGAAGUCGUCAGGACUAGUAAUCAGUUCAAGUUCAGCUGAGUUGGAUAACUUCGAAAGACCACGAGCCAAACCUUCAGCGAUUGAGGUGUGGAUAGCGUUGAAUGAUUGCAGGUUCAUCGGAACACGCACAGCAAGUAGUUUCACUGGACAGCAGCAGCAGCCGUGACCAUGGCCAAUCCGUGGCUGAUUGAGACGAGAGGAAGUGCAUGGCUGCUGCCGGGCGCGAGUGGCCGAGGUCGAAUGCUACUGAACGCCUUGCUAUUGUUGCUGAUUGGAGCGGCCGAGUUUGGGGAGAGCUAUAUCUAUGUACGAGAAGCAUAUCGACAUUGGAAUGAUCCAUCUAUCAGCUACUUUGACCAGGGCCUGACCGUGGAAAGCAACGCACCACAGGACUUAACCUACAGGGUAUUCGAGAUGCCGGCAGACAUUCAGUACAACUCAUCACAGCUUCACUAUGAUACGUACUUCUAUGUUGUGUUCCGAUGGGAAACGAACCCGGAAUGCACCGCUGACGUCGUUUUCUAUUCGAACAGUUUUACAAGGACCACUGACUACACUGAUGUGUACAGUAACAAUCCUGGCCAAUCAGCCACACUUGCUGCCGCACUAAAUGGAGAUCUAUCAAACAACGUCGUUACACUGUCGCACAGUGAAGUGCAGAUUCAUUUCAUCUCAAUGGGUACUCCCCCGACUGAUAUCGGUUUUUCGGGAUCCUUUGAAAGUGUUUGUAGUUUGCGUCGGAGGAGGAAGCGAGCAGCCGGCCAGAAGAAGCGUGCCAUGCGCCGCCACAAGCUCCGCAAAGUAUACCAGCACAGUGGAAGACUGUCAAAGAAUGAAACACACAUCGAUCGAAGCAAGUACGAGCACAUCAUGAAGUUCAAAAUCGCAAUGCUGCUGGGGAAAGUGUCCAUGGCCGAGGCGUGUGACAGCAACUGCACCACUCGGCAGCUCAUGAGCAUGCACAAGUGCUGCGAGCACUGGCAAAAGAAUGGUAUAACCCCGAACGCAUGCCCAGGCCGCAGGCCAUCAGCAGCUAGCGACCUGGAACUCUGCUCUCCGCACUACCCUCUUCAACAAAAGAGCCGCCUGCAUAGACACGAUAACAGCCGGGAGCAUCGCAAUCAACUCAGAAAGAGGCAGCAGAAGCAAGCAAUGGUGAUCGAAGCUAAGCCACAGAAAUGAGCCAAGAGACUUCGCUUGCAGCGAGAGCGGGCAUGAUGCGGAGGCCACCCCAAACAACACAACUCAUCUCUCCAAUCUAGAUGCUCCAGUCAUGUCCAACCAUGCGGUGGCGGCUUUCCAGCAGCCAGUGCCUUCGGAUAUGGCGUGCAAUUGACCUGCAGAUUCACUAGCCGCUGACGGGCAGUCAUCUGUAUGCACCCUGACUUCUAUUUAAGCACACUUUAUAGACCGUGUUUCUGUCCGAGCGAUAGCAACGUUCACCAAGUAGGGGUACAUAACUUAGGUAACACAGACAGAUGUGUCGCUAGCUACGCCAUGUAAGCUAGGCACAUUCGAUUAUCAUUGUGUUCAAUUAUUCUAAGCAUACACGCGCGCACGCACACACACACACACACACACACACACACACAUACAGACAAACAGAUAUAGCAGCAAGUAGCACUGAAACCGUACACUUCUCUGGCUGGCAACAUGAAGCAAUCGCUAGCUAUGAGCACAGCCACACGUUAGCUGCCAUGUGCACAAUCCGAAUUCUCUGUUUAACGUUUAACUUAAGGUACUCUCUGCCACCCUUGAACGAGAAAGUUUCAUGGCACAGUUCAUGUUAUUUGAUGAGGAGACAAUGUUGAGCACUAGCUGAAGUGCAUGACUGCUCGGGCGUAGUUUACCUUCGCUUUCUUUCAUUCUGUCCCAGUCAACCUAUCACAUUAAAUAUGCGGAGAUUGGCGGUGCUUUCAUUAAGUAAGAGUAUCUAUUGGUAUACAUGACAUACUUCUAAAUACUUGUAAGUAUCUGAAUAGGUUAGACAGUGUAGACACGCAUUAUGUGCUACUCAUCCAUUUAAAAUGCUUGCUUGCUUGGAAGAAUGACGUGCAUAUGCACAACUAAGCUA